CCUUAUCCCGUCUAAAAAUGGGAUUGUAUGAUAUCGUAAUUGAUAAGCAUUCACUUAGAAGUAGUUCUAAAUCUAUCUAUCACAUUUCUACAACAGCAUCAUUUCCUAAUUAGUAAAUUCAAUACGAUGCGCAAAAGAAAAAAAAAUCAUAAACUGAUUUGAAAAUUUUUUUACAACCGAUUCAGAUCUUAUUAUAUCUUCUACUUAUUAAAGAGGUUAGAAUAUCAUAGACUAAGAGAAGUUGUCAUUAUGAGUUCAUCUGGAAAAUUACCAAAUUUAGCAUCUGAUGCUGUGUUAAAGCAAUCCAUACCGGUCCCUGAAGAUUUUGAAGAAGUUAAAGGUAUAGAUUAUUCUAAAGAUAAUGCUUAUAAUAUGAAUGCAGUUGACUUAAUCAAAUCUAUGAAGACUAUGGGGUUCCAAGCUUCAAGUUUAAGUAAGGCUUGUGAAAUCAUUGAUGAUAUGAGAAGUUGGAGAGGUGAACAUAAGGAUUCCUUACCUGAACAUGAAAGAACUGGAGAAUUUGAUGAUGAAGGAGUUCAAAAGACUACAAUCUUUAUGGGUUUCACUUCUAAUUUGAUAUCUUCUGGGUUAAGAGAUACUUUAAGAUACUUAGUUCAACAUAAAAAAGUGAGUGCCAUUGUAGCUAGUGCAGGUGGUAUUGAAGAAGAUUUAAUUAAAUGUUUAGCACCAACUUAUAUGGGAGAAUUUAGUUUACCAGGUAAAGGAUUAAGAGAUCAAGGUAUGAAUAGAAUUGGGAAUUUAUUAGUUCCAAAUGAUAAUUAUUGUAAAUUCGAAGAAUGGAUAGUUCCGGUAUUAGAUACAAUCUUACAAGAACAAGAAGAUGCUAUGAAAAAAUUAGGAUCAGAAGGAUUAAAUGCUGAUUCAGAAGCUAUUUGGACUCCAUCAAGAUUAAUUGAUAGAUUAGGUAAAGAAAUCAAUGAUGAAACUUCAGUUUUAUAUUGGGCUCAUAAGAAUAAAAUCCCAAUUUUCAGUCCUGCUCUUACUGAUGGUUCGAUUGGUGAUAUGUUAUUUUUCCAUACUUUUAAAGCUUCUCCACAACAAUUCAGAUUAGAUAUUGUUGCUGAUAUCAGAAAGAUCAACUCCAUGUCCAUGGCUGCUUCUAGAGCUGGGAUGCUUAUACUAGGUGGUGGUUUGAUUAAACAUCAUAUUUGUAAUGCUUGUUUAAUGAGAAAUGGAGCUGAUUAUGCGGUAUAUAUUAAUACUGGUCAAGAAUUCGAUGGAUCUGAUGCAGGUGCUAGACCUGAUGAAGCUGUUAGUUGGGGUAAGAUUAAAAGUGAAGCUAAAUCAGUUAAAGUAUAUGCUGAUGUUAGUAUGGUUUUACCAUUGAUUGUUGCAGCUACUUUUGCAGCUGAAAGACCUAAUUGAUUUCCUUUCCCCCCUCUGUACAUAGUUAUUUUUUAACUCAGUCCAUUUUUUUUGUAGAUAUAAUAGAUAACGGUAUGAAUAAUAAUGAAGUUUAAUGCAAGAUGAUUUACAUAUAUCACAUAUAUACGCUAAAAUAGUAUUAUAGUAUAUUUGAAUGUGCCCCAAUGAAGUGGAAUUACAUCCAUUUUAGGGUGCUUGUCGAAAUCCCAAUUAGGAAAGAUUAAAUGGUCGUUUACCCUC